ACUGUUUCCUCUUACCUCUAUACUUUCAGCUGAAGAAGGACCAUUGAUUCUCCUCCAUAUCUUUCUGUUCUGCUUCAAAACACAUUACCUAUUCAAAGCCGUCCUUCUUCUGACCUCAUUCAGUUACUCUGGCUCAGCUUGUUUGUUGUCUGGGGUAACGCUGUUGCUGGGGACGAUGUCAGAACGCAUUCAGCUCUCAGUAGCCCUGUGUAGGAUUGGCUUUUACACGUGUCUCCAGACAUUGUGCUGUAAGGCUUCCCCUCCACCCAGACCAGAGUUUGAUGUUGUGUGUAUUGGACUGAGCGGUGCAGGCAAGACCCGUCUGCUAUCUCGUUUGUGCAAUGAGAUCAGUGAUGGUACCGUACCAACCACAGGUUUCAGCAUCAAGGCAGUGCCAUUCCAAAAUGCUGUACUUAAUAUCAAGGAGCUCGGAGGAGCCGAGACCAUAAAGAAGUACUGGUGCCGAUAUUACCAAGGAUCCCAAGCUGUGGUGUUUGUCCUCAACAGUGCAGCGUCAGAUGAGGAGAUGGAGGCAUCCCGAUCUGAGCUCCACUUGGCCCUGCAGCAUCCUCAGCUCUGCACUCUUCCUUUCCUCAUUCUCGCCAACCAUCAGGAUUCACCGGCUGCACGCUCUGUACCAGAGAUACAGAAGUACUUGGAAUUGCAGCCCCUGGGACGAGGGAAGAGAUGGAUUCUUGCAGGCAGCACAACAAACAACAUGGAGGCAUUGAAGGAGAGCUUCAGUCAACUCAUCAGAUUUUUGGAAGAGAAGGAGGUGCAAACUAACAGGAUAUGAUUCAAUCAAACUUCAAAGUGUAAAGUGGGUUUUAAGUGUUGUUUGCUAGAAGGAAUUUUCUGGACCUCUCUCUCGUAGAUGUUUUAUAACCCACCAGCGACAUAGAAGCAAACAGCCACAUGUUUUGAUGAGUUUACUGGCAUAUUUGUUACCAAGAGGUCAAGGGCCACACAUAUGCUCAUUUGGUAGCAGGUGAACAAAGUUCUUUAAAUGUAUCAGAUUUGUACCUAUAUUUGUAACAGUAAAAAGCUAUUUGAUAAGCUACAGUAUUUGUUAUUUAUCAGUUAGUUGUCCUGUGAUGUGCGUGUGAAAUGUAUGUAUAUGAAUGCAUAUAAAGUGUAUAUUGUAUGAGCCAAUCCAUAUUUCAAAAGAUGGCUAAGAAUCUGAACAUUCAUGCUGGAUUCACAUGUUUAAAGCGUCAUUUUGGAAAAUACUUUUUCAAAAAUUAAUAUUAGACCAUUUGUUUAAUUUAGCAAAUCUCCUAGUUUUCCGCACUCACAUUAAUCUUUGUUGCUUUCGCAUAGUCAUAAUUAGAAUGUUUUCCAGACAAAUUGUUUUGUUUUUAAGGGUACUAUGUUCCCUUUUCUCAGUUGACUAUAAAUGUCUCAAAUUAUGUUGUUAAUUUUGUUGUUUCAAAAGAUGACACACCCCUUUACUUGGCACUGUGUGAGCUGUUUUAGGUUUGGGCUGGAAUACAAACUCUAUCAAUCAGUGUCAACAACAGCUGCAUUUGACUAGUCCCUGUCUGCCAGGCUUAAGUUUUCCAACUGUCUGCGGAGACUCCUCCCCAUUUGCCAGCUCACUCUUUGCCCAGCCACUUUCCACUGCCUCACCCACUGCUUUCUGGUGGCAUUAUCCAAAUUCCUAUCCACAAAUUUAGAUUCCUGACUACGCACCUCUCCGAUGUGAGAUAUUUUCUCACGAGAUGUGAGAUGUCUCACAGGUGUCUUCAGACAUAAAGACUUGUAUCAGAGGAAUUUAGGUCUCACAUGCUGUGUUUCAGUAUAUUUAUAGUGUUAGUUAUGUUUUAUACUUUGCCCACCAAUUGCCACUUGAUGUCUUCUUUUUUAAAACCAUAUUUUAAUGCCUUCGAUUUGAUUGAGCCCAUUUAUUAGUAAGAUGUACUGUAUCAUUUAAUCCUUGGUAUUAGGAUUUUUAAGGAUUUAAUUUUUAGAAGAAGAUUUCAGCUCUGUAGGUCCAUACAAUGCAAGUGAAUGGUGACCAAAGCUUUGAAGCUCCAAAAAGUACAUAAAAGUGUGACUCCACUGGUUUAAUCAAUGUCCUCUGAUUUUAUUGGUGUUUGGGUGAGAACAGACCUAAAUAUAACUCCUUUUUCACUGUAAACCUUAACAUCAGCAGUCUCCUUGGCGAGCUAAGCUUGAUUACACUUCCUAACACCAUAUAGCACUCUGUGCAUGUGUCAAGCACUAGGAAGUGUAAUAGAACUUGAAACCAUGAUCAUGCCUACAGACUACAAUGGCAAGAUGUACAUCGAAAAAGGAGUUAUACAAUAUUUUGGUCUGUUCUCACCUAAAACCGAUUGGAUCACUUCAAAAGACAUGGAUUAAACAUCUGGAGUCUGAAGGCUGAUUUAUGCAUCUGCGUCGAACCUAUGGCGUAGGCACUGCGUAGUGUCCAACGCGUUGGGUUGCAUUUAUUGUUCUGCGUUGGUGUGUCUGCGUCGUUUUAUGAGUACACAGCCAAAAAGCUAACUAUAUUUCAUAAACAAAAACAAUGUAAUUUCUGGAUUCAGAAGUAUUUAUUAAAUUAUUGUAGCAUCAAAAAUUAGUUCAAAGUAUAUGAACAUUUAAACAUGGUUAAAGUGAACCAGUCACAGCUGUUGUGGUUUGUGUUGACGCAAUGCACAGUAACAAUUUUGAAGAGGUGCACGUCAGGCGUUUUGGAGCUUCAAAAUUUUGGUCAUCAUUCACUUGCAUUGUGUGGACCUACAGAGCUGAGAUAUUCUUCUAAAAAUCUUUGUGUUCAGCAGAAGACAAAAAUGCAUACACUUCUAGAAUGGCAUGCGGGUGUGUACUGUAAAUGAUGAGAAAGUAUUAAUUUAUGGCUGAACUAUUCCUUUAAGGUAACAAUUGCAGGUUACCACUUUUUACAGCGCAAACAUUUAUGGGACUAUGAUUAUUACUGGUAUGGGCUGGUUAUUUUCAUGCCAACAGCGUCUUAGUUCCACCUUUGCCCAGCAAAAUCAAAGCUACGUGGUGAAAAAAUCAAACUCUCCAUCGUAUCAUUGCUUCCCAAUCUAAUCUGUCUAGAACACAAAUUUCAUGCACUCAC